GUUUCCUUGGUAACAACGUUACCUUUGCUAUUUACCACACGUUAACGAUAUAUUUAUCAACAUGGACAUCCAGAAACUAAGAGACCGAGGCUGUGAUAACAUCGUAGAAAUGCUCGACAUGGAUGAAGAAAUCUUUGCUAUCUCCAGCUCUUCAGAUGCAGACGCAGCUUUUGAUGCCGUUAUUGGCUGCAUCGAGGACAUCAUCAUGGAGGAGGAGUUCCAGCAGCUUCAGGAGAGCUUCAUGGAGCAACACUACCUGGAGUUUGAGGACUCCGACGAGAACAAGCUCAGUUACACACCCAUCUUCAAUAAAUAUGUUGACCUGCUGGAGAAACAUCUGGAGCAGCAGCUGAUGGAGAGGAUCCCCGCCUUCAACAUGAACACUUUCAUAAAGUGGCUCAUGCAACACAAAGAGGAGGUGCCGGGUGACAUCUUUGACCUGAUGCUGACGUUCACUGACUUCAUGGCUUUUAAGGAGAUGUUUCUGGAAUACAGAGCUGAGAAGGAGGGCCGAGGUGUGGACCCGAGUCAAGAGUUGGUGAUCACCUCUCUGAUCCCUGCUGCCUCCAACACACCGGGCUUCACUGAACCGCAGCUCACAAACAUUUGAAUUGCCUCCGUCUCUUUAUGUUUGUGUAACACUUUGUUCAUGGGCCUUCAGAAAGUUAGUGUCAGCUUGUGGUCACUUUUUUUGGGGGGGAGUUUUGUGCUCCAAUGGUGAGCUGUUGGAUACAUUGCCCAUAAAUCUACAGUCUGAACAAAUGACCCCAAAAUCAUAAUGCAUUCCUCUGUUUGUAUGUGUUGGGAUGGCAUGUGUGCUCAAGAGCUUCUUUGUAGUUGAAGAGUGAAGAUGGAAGGUGUUCUGGGGCUGGUACUAGAUUUGUGUGUUUCAGUUCAUCCAACUGGUUCUUAUGUAAAAGGCAUCAACACAUCUUGUAAGCACGGGAAACAAUUUGAUAUGAUUGAAUGUUUGACUCUGCUCUCUUUGCCUGGUGUGUGUUUUUCACAAGAAAAGAAUAUUGCUGAAUUAUUGUUUUAUGAAGUUUUAAAUUAUUUGGUCAGUUUGAAAACUCUUUGAGUUUGGUGCCUGAAAGUGAUUUUUAAUGUAUUAAGUGAUUGUGUGCAUGUGUCUGCAAUUGAGAAUAAGACCUACAGUAUAGUUUUCAGUACAAUGUCAAAGUAUUUUCUACUCGUUUUAACAUGACAGCUGUAAUUGUAAACAUACACUUAUGUCCCUGCUGAUGUUUCAUUUGUUAAUAAAUAUAUAUUUUAAAUAAACAGGUACAAGCCUUA